CCUCCUCUGCCCGUCUCCUUCACUCCCCUCCCUCCCUCUGAGACUGAGAAUGCCCGUGUUGUACUGACAGGAACGAUACGGGCUGAGCAGACAUGGAGGCCCGAUUAAUGACUGAGGCUCAUUCCGACACGUCUCGGCUCAGCUAACAUUGUCUCGGAACGGAGUCCGAUUGUGCUUGGAGAUAUCACGGAUACCAAUUACUCAGUUGGAACAUAAAUGCUGUGGCCACCAUGUCGAUACGUACCAAGGGAGGAUUUCGAGCCAAAUAAUGUGAACGCCGUCUUUGGACUCAGAUAAAGUUGAAGGAAGGAGAGAGAAGGCUGGAUAGACAGAAAGGAAAGAUCGCCAUCAUCAAACAAGGAUUACUUUUCCCUUUCACCGUUAUCCCCCCUUCCCCUUUGCCCCUAUCCCAUCUCCUUCUGGGACACUGCUUUCCCCUAAAAACUGUACCUGGUAUCCAAAACAUCCCUCCUUAGUCACCCCUCACCCCCUCAAUCUCUGAUGGAUCAGAGGAUUCAGGGGGGACCUGCGACUCCACCCCCCCUCCCCAACACAGCCCCUCCAGGGGAACGAGAGAAGGAAGUAGGGGGUGGAAAGAAAGAUGAGGAGGAGGAGAAAAAGAAGAGGGAGAAGGAGAGAGAGGGCUCCCAGACCGAGUGUGGGGCUGGAGGAGGAGCCUCAACAGACCAGCAGCAGCAGUCUCCCCAGUUCUCCGUCAAGGAGACCAGCUUCUCCGAGGGCAAUGUCAAGCUCAAGAUCGGCCUGCAGGCCAAGCGCAUGAAGAAGCCGCCCAAGAUCUUGGAGAACUACGUGUGUCGUCCGGCCUUCAGAGCCACCGUCAGGCACAGCGGGCGAGGGGGCGGCCGCGGAGGCGGGGCCCGUGGAGGAGGGACCGGAGACGGGAGCCACCCAACUCCGAGCCCCCCACAUGGAAGGGACAGGGAGCAGAGUCCCUGCAUGAGCAGACCCGCCCCGCCAUCCUCUUCCCUCGCCGCCACUCCUGCAGCCCCUACACCUCCACCACCUACUACUCCGACACCUCCCAGCACUAUGUCACCCUCCCCAGUGAAUGGGAGCGCUUCAGCUAAAAGGGGUCUUCCAAAGAUGGCUGGCAAGUCGGACACGCAGAAGUCUGACACGAAAGCAGCAGCGUCAUCAUUGGAGAGACCCCUCAAUCUUCACCGCCCCUCAGCGGACAGUAAAACACACCCAUGCGGCAAGAAAACGCCCACUCCUCACCCCAACGCUCAGACGUCCUCCUCCCCUCCCACUCCCACGCCACAGGAAGCCAGUUUCGAGGGCGUGCCCAAACCACCACAGUACACCUACAGCGGCGAGAGUCAAAGGGAGAAAGAGAGGGCGACGUGUCCGACCUGGGGCACGCCCACCGUCACUGAGAAACUAGCCCAGCUCAUAGCCACUUGCCCGCCCACCAAGUCCGCCAAGCCCAUCAAGCCUUCUAAGAUGGCCCCCUCUGCGGCGCACAGCAACUCAGGCUUUAUGGCACCCACACCCAAGCAGAGAGACCGAGCUCUAGUCAACAGAGCCACUUACUCCAGAGCCCUCCACCUUGCUCCACCACCUCCCGUGUCACGUCCUCCUGGCCGGCCAUAUGGCUCAAGGAACAAAGACAGUGUUUCUGAAAAGCUCUCCACCCCACCCAGGAAGGAAGAGGCAGAAGUGGUUGGUAAGUCCGGCAACAACAACAAUACCAACAUUAACACUCCAAACAACUACAACUCCAGUAACAGCAGUCGCAGCAGCAGCCCUGCGCUCACCUAUGGCAACAGCCGCCUAGCAACAACUUCAAAGGAGAACAAUGACAGCAGCAACAAUGGUGGCACCAAGCCAUCGCUGCCACAGGCCCGUCUCGGUCACUGCCCACCACAUAGUACGUCCUCACCCUCUCGCAUGUCCUCGUCAGCCCCAGAGCAGAGGAUGGGAUCCGUUCACCAGGGCUCCCCUGCCUCCCAAACACACCAGGCCAGAGAGAACCCCUCCAAGGCUGAAGAGAGAGGGGAGAGGGAGCAGGACAGAGACAGGGACAAAGACAGCCCUAGAGACUUAACCAAAAACCCUUCUCUAUCAGGAUCAGGGAAGCUUGAAGGCAAGGAGAAGGGGGCGAGUCAGUCCCUCCUCAGAGUGGAAAGGGGGAAGAGCUCAAGCCCUACUAAGCGUAGUCCUAACCGGGACAGGGACCGUGACAGGGACCAGAACAGGGACAGAGAGAGACGGCCCAGUGGGACCUCCAGUUCCCCUGUGUCUGUAAGACGCACUUCCUCACCACCAGAGACUGCUGGGGACAGUUCUCCACUUCCCCUCAGGGACGAUUCACCUGACUCAUCUCCAGACUCCCCACUAGAGCAGGACAGCAAACCCCUGAAGAAGCGCAGGGGCAGGAAACCACGUUGGACACGAGUAGUCAACAGGAAUCCGAGGAUGGGCCAGGGCAGCCCUUCAGACCAGUGCAAAACCACCAUGCCUUUAUCCUCCAGCCUGGAUACACCCCCGCCCAUACGCAGGCCCGUUGGACGGCCCCCAAACCCAAAUAAAGUACACCCUGCCGCAUCUCAGCUCUUCCCACCCAGGAAGAGGGGGAGGCCUAAGUCUAAGAUGCCCAGGCUUGAUGCCCCCACCCGUGGGCGUCCCCCCAACAAGCUGGUCCCUUCCAAAGUAUUCUCCUCGUUACUAAAGUCUAAAGAGGAGCAGGACCCCCCUGUGCUUCACCCUGAGGUGGACUUAAACCCUCCCAAACCCAUGCCCAGGAAGAGGGGGCGUCCAAAACGCCUACCCCCUACGUUGCCACAGGAGGGUCAGCCCCCAACCCUGGCUCCUGAGGCAGGAGAACGGUUCCGGAAUAAGGGAAAUGGGCAGCUGAUCAUGAAGACCAUCAUAGGCAAGAUCAACAAGAUGAAGAGUGUGAAACGCAAACGGAUCCUGAGUCAGAUCCUGCUCGGCCCGGGAUCAGGACCAGAACAGGAUCCGGCCCGAGGGGCAUGCAGCGGGGUGGUGGGGUCGGUGGCGGCAGCCACCCAGUCCCUGUCUUCACUUGCGGCGUCCUUCGGAGGGAAACUUGGACCCCAGAUCAAUGUGAGCAAGAAGGGGACCAUCUACAUGGGGAAGAGGAGGGGCCGCAAACCCAAAGCAGCGUCAAACCCCUCAUCCGCCAAUCAGACGCCUCCCCCCGAACUUUUUCUGUCCCCCAACACCACCUCCCCUCCCCACCACCACCUCCACCACCCGUCCCAGUCACACCAGCUCUCUGCCUCCGAGGUGUUCCCCUCCCCCUCGCUAUCCCAGUCCAGUGGGGGUCACAGUCCCGUCAGCGAUGCCAGCUUCGUUGAGCCGGGGUCUGUGCACUUCCUGACACACCCUCACUACGGUCUCUCCCACCACGGCCAUCACUCCUUCCCCUUCCCACCCCCCACUUUCUCCGCCCCUAACCCUCGCACCCUCGGCCCCCUCGGUAGCACCUCUUCCUCGGCGAUGGUCAACCAGAAAAAGUCCUCAUGCCGUGGCUAUCACCACCACCACCACCAUUACAGGCAGCACUACCACUACCGUAAGCUCUCCCCUCCAAGGCCCCUGCACCCCACCUCCCCUGCCCCUCUCAGCGAGCUGAAGGAGGCCACGCCCUCGCCAGUCAGCGAGUCCCACAGCGAGGAGACAGUGCCCAGUGACAGCGGCAUAGGAACAGACAACAACAGCACGUCGGACCGAGGGGAGAAGGCCGGAGGACCCGGUGGGCUGGCUGGCGUGGUGGGUAUGCCUCCGGGCAGCGGGGUACUGAUGCCCGGGGUCAUGGGAUCCGCCAUGGGAGCAGGACUAGGGCUCAAUUCCCGGGGCAGACGGCGACACUCGUCCUCCGUGCUGCUGGAGCACCCCUCCCCUACGCCUUCUCCGCUAGGUGCGAGGUCUUCUCCCGACCCAAGGAGACCCCACCCGGCCACCCCAGCCUCCUCUCUGGUGAGCCACAAGGAGAAACACAAGCACAAAUGCAAGCGUCGCAGCCACGGUUGCCCAGGAUACGACAAGCUGAAGAGGCAGAAGCGCAAACGGAAGAAGAAGUACCUGCAGCUGCGCUCUCGGCGCCAGGACCCGGACUUCCUGGCGGAGCUGGAUGAGAUAGUUGUGAGGCUAAGCGAGAUCAGGAUAGCGCACCGCACACCGGCGCUCAGGCUGGGCAGCGGGCUAGGCAUGGCGGGGGCAGCAGGGAGGGUACCAGGGGUGGCUGGCCGGCCCGGCAGUGGCAUCGGAGGUGCAGGUGGCCCCCCUCCGCAUCACUACCUGCACAGGGACCUCCUACCCACCAUUUUUAGGAUCAACUUCAGCGGAUACUACUCCCCCCACCCUGCCUACCCCUGCGACUCUCUGCACUAUGUCCGUAAGCCGGACCUGAAGAAGAAGCGCGGACGGCCCCCCAAGCUUAGGGAGUCCAUGUCUGAGAUGCCCUUCGUUCCUGGGCUGGGCUUUCCUCUGUCUAGCGGGGGCUUCUACCACCCUUCCUACAGCGUCCCCUACUCUUCUGGGCCUCUGGGGCUGGGCUACUACCGGGGCUACCCCCCAGCCAGUGCCCUCUACCCCCACCCCCACCACCAGGCCCCCCACUCAGCCCCGUCACACCACUCGCACCACUCUUCGUCUUUUCCCCAGCCCCCUCCUGCCUCCUACAUGCACCACCACCACCCCUCGCACCUCCUCCUCAACCCCUCCAAGUUCCACAAGAAGAAACACAAGUACCUAGCAGGGGGCCGCUCCCCUGUGCUUUACCCGGCCAUGUCGUCUGAGCUCUCCUUCAGCUGGCACCACAAACACAAACACCGACACAAGCACCGUGAGCGCUGCGCCGAGGAGGAUGGUGAUGAGGGCGGGGCGGCGGCGGCAGGAGGAGCCGGGACCAGGGGAGGCGUGGCAGGGAUGCCGGAAGGCGGGGGGCCGGCUCGAGUGGAGCGUGUGGGCAGCAGCAGCGGAGGGAUGGCAGAGUCCUUGCAACGCUGUAGGUUCGGACGAGACUCCACCCCCACCGCUGGCGCCAAUAAACAGGCUGCCACCCCUUCGGCCAACUCGCCUUCCUCGUCUUCGUCGUCUUCCGCGGACAGGUACAAGAGGAAAGAGAACACGCUGUCUUGCUUGGGGCCCUCCAGACUAGCGCUGGGCAGUGGGUCCAGGGGUCACCACCCUGUCGAGUCCUGGUUCAGGAUGGGGACCGGUUCUGAGGCUGACUACGCCAAGCUGUCCCGGAACCCGGCGGUGGGCCAGGGCGUGUUUGCUGACGGCCAGGCCGACGACCCUGCCGGCUGCUCGGACAGUGAGGAUGACGAAACCCUCACGCCCACGGAGGAACCGGAGGACCCCGGUUCCCAGGAGCCCCCGCACCACACUAACCUGUUUGCCUCUGCCCUGACGCGUACCUCCAUGAGGGGCGGACGAGGCCGGAAAGGAGGGGCCCCUGAGAGCGCCAGCUUCUCUCGCAUGGAGAGGACACUGAUGAAGGAGCGCUCAACGUCCGCGGAGAGGAGGGAGACGGGUUCUGGGUCAGGUGUCCAGACACGAGGGGCCCACUCGGCCCCCGAGAGCCUUGAGGGCUCCCUCCUCCACCGCCAGCACCUUUACCACCAGCACCACCAACCUCUCUUCCACUCCCACGCCUCCCACUGCGGCCACAGCUCCCCCUCCCCAGACUGCUGCCUGAACCCCUCCCCCCAGCACCACGCCCAUCGGGCCGGGCCCCCCAAGCACAGCCUGCACCACGUCAACAAGAUCCUGCGGGCCAAGAAGCUCCAGAGGCAGGCACGCACCGGCAACAACGUGGUGAAGAAGAGGGGGCCCGGACGCCCCAGGAAACACCCGCUGCCGUCCCCGCCCCCCUCGCCCCCUGCCGAGGCGGCCCCGCCCAGACACCGGGAGAGAGGGGGCUCAGGGGGCCGCACCUGGGAAGGGGACACGGUGACGGAUGCCAUCGAGUCGGUGGUCCAGGGCCAGCGUAGGAGGUGCCAGAAGAGGAAACACUGGGAUAGGGAGGGGGACGAAGAGGAGGAGGAGGAGGAGGAAGGAGAGGGGGAUGAAGGGGAGGAAGGAACGACGGACAGAGAGGAGAACCUCGGUGGUCUUGGCAUGAGGUCCAGAGCUGGAGGAGGAGGAGAAGGAGGGGGAGGAGGAGGAGUCUGGCUCACCCAAGAUGAGAUGCACUGCUUUCGCAGUGCCCUGGAGGGGAAGCCGGAUGGGCCUGCCUCCCCUGAACGCCAAGAACCCGCCCCCACAGAGCAAGCUCCGCCCAUGCCUAUAACAACCCAACGGGAGAAAAGAGCAGCCAGGCCUCCAAAGAAGAAGUUCCAGAAAGCAGGACUCUACUCUGACGUGUACAAGACUGCAGAUCCACGCAGCCAGCUUCUGCAGCUCAAGAAGGAGAAGCUCGAGUAUGUACCUGGGGAACACGAGUAUGGCCUUUUUCCCGCCCCCAUCCACGUUGGGAAGUACUUGCGACAGAAGCGCAUCGAUUUCCAGUUGCCUUACGACAUCUUGUGGCUGUGGAAACACGACCAGCUGUACAAGAGGCCUGAUGUGCCUCUUUAUAAAAAGAUCAGAUCAAAUGUGUACGUGGACGUGAAGCCUCUCUCCGGGUACGAGACCACCACCUGUAACUGCAGGGCCCCUGAGGAGCAGGAAGAGAAAGGUUGCCUUGACGAGUGCCUGAACAGGAUGAGUUUUGCGGAGUGCUCCCCCAGCACCUGUCCCUGCAUGGAUCAGUGUGACAACCAGCACAUCCAGAGGCAUGAGUGGGUGCAGUGCCUGGAGCGCUUCCGCGCCGAGGGCAAAGGCUGGGGCAUCCGCACCAAGGAGCCCCUGCGCUCGGGCCAGUUCAUCAUCGAGUACCUGGGAGAGGUGGUCAGCGAGCAUGAGUUCCGGAGUCGUAUGAUGGAGCAGUAUUUUGCCCACAGCGGCCAGUACUGCCUGAACCUGGACAGCGGCAUGGUGAUCGACAGCUACCGUAUGGGUAACGAGGCCCGCUUCAUCAACCACAGCUGCGAGCCCAAUUGCGAGAUGCAGAAGUGGUCUGUGAACGGGGUGUACCGGAUCGGACUGUUCGCCCUGAAGGACAUGAACAGCGGAACGGAGCUCACCUACGACUACAACUUCCACUCCUUCAACACAGAGGAGCAGCAAGUGUGUCAGUGUGGCUCCGAGGGCUGCCGCGGCAUCAUUGGAGGGAAGAGCCAGCGAAUCAACGGCCUGCCUGGCAAAGCGGGCGGAGCCAGGAGGCUGGGUCGACUCAAGGAGAAACGCAAAUCCAAGCAUCAGCUCAAGAAACGAGAGGAGGAGUCAAGUGACAGCAGCAAGUUCUACCCUCACCUACUCAUGAAACCAAUGUCGAACAGAGAAAGGAACUUUGUUCUGAAGCACCGUGUGUUCCUGCUGAGGAACUGGGAGAAGAUGAGAGAGAAGCAGGAGCUGCUGAAGAGAGAAGGAGAGCGAGAGCGAGAGAGCAGCCUGUCCAUCUACACACGCUGGGGACCCAACGUCAUCCGCGACGACGGCAACAUCAAGUCAGACGUCUUCCUGACGCAGUUCUCGGCGCUGCAGACGUCCCGGUCAGUCCGCACGCGGAGGCUGGCGGCCGCCGAGGAGAACACGGAGGUCACGCGCACCGCUCGCCUCGCACACAUCUUCAAGGAGAUCUGUGACAUGAUCACCAGCUACAAAGAUUCUGCUGGUCAGACCCUUGCUGCUCCCUUGGUCAACUUACCCUCAAGGAAGAGGAACUCGCAGUACUACGAGAAGGUGUCAGACCCACUGGACCUCAGCACCAUUGAGAAACAGAUCCUCACAGGCCAUUACAAGACCGUGGAGGCCUUUGACACGGACAUGCUUAAAGUGUUCCGCAACGCUGAGAAGUACUACGGCCGCAAGUCGUCGGUGGGGCGCGACGUGUGCCGCCUGAGGAAGGCCUACUACAGCGCCCGCCACGAGGCGGCCGUCCAGAUCGACGAGAUCGUGGGCGAGACGGCGAGCGAGGCCGACAGCUCCGACUCCCAGGAGCGGGACCACGGGCACCAUCACCACCACCACCACGGGGGGGGCGGGCCGGGCGGCCACGACAAGGACGACGACGUGAUCCGCUGCAUCUGCGGCAUGUACAAGGAGGAGGGUCUGAUGAUCCAGUGUGAGAAGUGCCUGGUGUGGCAGCAUUUUGACUGCAUGCGCCUGGAGACGGAGGUGGAUCACUACCUGUGUGAGCAGUGUGAGCCUCGAACCGUGGACAGGGAGGUUCCCAUGCUGCCCCAGCCCAGCUAUGCCCAGUCCGGCUCCAUCUACUACAUAUGCCUGCUCAGAGAUGAGCUGCUGCUACACCAAGGUGACUGUGUGUACCUGAUGAGGGACAGCAGGCGCACGCCAGAGGGACAGCCAGUCCGCCAGUCCUACCGCCUCCUGUCCCACGUCAACAGAGACAAAUUGGACAUCUUCCGCAUUGAAAAACUCUGGAAGAGUGAGAAGGGGGAGAGGUUUGCAUUCGGCCACCAUUACUUCCGCCCCCAUGAGACACACCACUCUCCCUCACGGCGGUUCUACCAGAAUGAGCUGUUCCGGAUGCCUCUGUACGAGAUCAUCCCCCUGGAGGCCGUGGUGGGCACCUGCUGCGUGCUCGACCUCUACACCUUCUGCAAGGGUCGGCCGAAGGGAGUGAAGGAGCAGGACGUUUACAUCUGCGACUACCGCCUCGACAAGUCGGCCCACCUCUUCUACAAGAUCCAUCGCAACCGCUACCCCGUGUGCACCAAGCCCUAUGCCUUCAAUCACUUCUCCAAGAGGCUCGCCCCCAAGAGAGACUUCUCGCCGCACUACGUUCCUGACAACUACAAGAGGAACGGGGGGCGCUCGGCCUGGAAGAGCGAACGGCCCAAAGGGGUGGGAGGCUGUGAGGAGGAGGCUUCCCCUGGCCAAAGGGCCGAUGACUUCCGCCCGGAAAAUGAAGACGGGCUGAGAGGGGAGGCCGACGCUGAGCCGGUGCCCGAGGAACCCACGCCCCCGCCCGUGCCACCCCAACAACCAGAGGCGGCAGAAACGGGGGAAGGAGAAGAGGAGGAGGAAGAAGAGGAGAGCCGGGAAACGGAGGAACACAGGGAGCUGGAGGAAGGAGCGACCGAGAGGGUAGGGGAAAUGCUGGAGCUCCCGUCCUCUUCCUCGUCAUCUUCACCGCUGCACCACGCAGGCCUGGGAAAGAGGGAGGCACAGAGAGACAGACUGAACAAGAUCCUGCUGGACCUGCUGCACAGAACACCCAGCAAGAAUGGUGAGGGAACAGCUAUAGAUGUCACCUAUCUCCUAGAGGAGGGUUCAGGGAGGCGGUUGCGCAGAAGGACACUCGGAUUUGGGGAUUUUGUGGGGAGGAAAUGAUGUCGCCACACGCCGGGCCAGACGAGCCAGCGCCCCUCACAUUGUGUGGGAGUGCAAACAAACAGAGAGCCAGACUGUAGUAAUAGGAGAAGAUGCCAUUUCGAAAGACGGGGGAGACCAAGAUGUCACCAAGAGAUGGGAGUUCACCACAGAGGGGAAAGCGCUCCUGAGACCCCCCACCACUCUUAAGGCUCAACUCUCCCCCAGACCUGUCAUCUGAAAUCUUAAACUGGACACAGCGAAACUGAGGAGCGGAUCAAAGCCGUGACACCAGUGACGAUCAACGGUUUUUGGUUCCCACUUCUCAGGGGAGAGGACCCAGGCUUACUGAAGUACAACGCAAAUGUGUACCGUUUUUUUUUUUUGUGUAAUUCUAUUUUUUUUACAUAGGAUUAUGUAUGUACCCCAUGCACUUAAAUGCAUUGAACAAAGACGGCUUGUUCACUCGUGAAGGACGAUGGCUGAGUUGUUGCUAUGUCGACAAACAUGGCUAAAGGUGCGAUCAUGAGUCAGUUCAUUUCAGUGAGUGGCGGAAAGGAGAAACGUGGUACUGAGUGUGGCAGUAAGACACGGUCAUUGACUCUCUUAUGGACCUUUUUUUUCUUCCCCUUUUCUUCCCCUUUUUCUUUUUUUCUUUAAACCACCAAUUGGGAAUGAGAAUACUGGAGACUGGCGCCCUCUAGUGGGACUGGGUGAUAAUUGGAGAACCUCAACGUUAGCCACAUGAGAACUGUACCUUCACAGAGAAGGCAUAGGAGUGACAUAGGAGGUGUAGUGUAUGCAUACACUGUGCAUACACUGCCGAUGAACUAGGAGAGAAGCUAGUAGGAGGUUGGUCAACUGCACUUUGGUACCAAGGAAAUCUUAAGCUCCCUGUUAUGUAUCAAUGAGACACUAACUCUCUUACAGUAUUGGAUGAUGCAGUCUGAAAAGCAAGUUUAUAAUAAGUAUCGUAUAUUAUCUUUUUCUGUCAAACUGUAGUAAAUACUUUUAGGAACAGUGAAGGACCGGGGAGUUGUGUUUGCUAGAGAGUGGCUGGUGUUUUUUGGGAAGAUAAGAGUGUUUGAGCGCUUAGUCAGUCAAAGUGUCUUGUUCAGUUCGUGAGGCAGUCAGCUUCGCCCCUCUUUCUAAAGUACCUGAUUCACCAGCUUAACUAAACCAGGCGGCGGAACACUGGCUCUUACUGUAACGCCUUAGAACGCCAUGGUCCCCGACUGCCUUGCGUGAGUGUGUGCGUGUGUGCGCACAUUUGUGUGUCUGUAUCUGCCAGAAUUCUUGAAGAUAUAAAAAAAUUAAAACAAAAAAAUUAAGGGCUCGAUGGCAAUUAACAGUUUAAAGAAAAUUAUGAAAACAAUAGGUAACAUGAAAUGUAUCGUGAUGGUCAUAUUUUCUUAUAUUCUGUGGGGGUGGGGGUUAUAUCAGAAGGGAUGGAUUCUAGUUUUUUUUCCUCUUAAUUGUGUUUCUGGUUGCCAUGGAGAAUGUUUUAAAUAACUUGUGAAAUUUGAUGAGAUUUUUCUUAAAGCCUCUGUGAAAAUGGGGCAGUCAGAGGUCCCAUCUAGAUAAAACUGACAUACAAAUGACAAGAAUGAGAAAGAGAGGGGGGAGGGGGGGAGGGGGAAGUUGUACAGUGCCAAGUUAUGUAUAUACAGACUGGGAUUACGUGAGAAAUGUCUCCAAAAGCAAUAUCUUGAUAAAGGAUUUUGUGUAUUAUUGUAUUGUACAGGACUCAGCCCUAUAUGUAUUAUGAUUAUUAUAAUAGUAUAAUUUCUGCCAUUUGUAUUACUAUAAUCAAGACACUCAAGCUUGGAGGAGAAGGAAGUGGAGUUUUUGUCCUGUAAAUCGCACCACAACUGUCCUAACUGAAUGACAUAAAAACUUAAACAAGAGUUUUUGUUGCCUAAAAAUAAAUUGAUCUAAUGUACUGCAUGAGCAAGAGGAAUGUCGACCAGACUUCAUAGAAGGCAUUGGGACACAUCAGUGACAUUGAAAGAACAUCUGUCACUGUAUUAAUAUUAAUAAUAAUAUUAUUUCUUUUUGAGGAGAAAUGUGCUCCUCGACUUUUGCUGCAAAGUGUUGAACACUAAAAAAACAAACCAACAUAAAAAUGUUAUGAUAUUUUGAAAGACGACAGAUGUAAGACUGUCAACUCAAUAUCAUUGUUCUUCUUUUUUUUUCUCAAAAUAUGGUUGUUUUUUUGUGAUAGCGGUCAUAAAUAUGAUGCUUGUACUUGUAUUUGUGUGUUUUGUGUGAUUUGUUUAGUUAUUUUUAGACAAUCACAAAAUAAGAUGCAAGCAUUGUAAAUGGCAGACUGGCAGACAUUUUGUGAUGUGUACAGUUUGUCAAAAUUUCUUCCACUCUCGUUCAAAGUUUGUAAUUAUGAUUCUAAAGUCAUGAAAAUGCUGUUGGUUUUUACUUUUUGUUUUAUAUUCUAUUUGUUUUUUGUUUGUUUUUUAAUAAAAGCACUACAUUAUUGUGAA